CGCCUGCGCAAUAUGAGCGGGUGAAGGUCCGCCUGCCACGAAUGCACUGGCUGGCGGGGGUGGAUGAGGCUGAGCGGAGGGGAGGGGCGGACCCGACCCGGAGAGCUUCACCGGCCUAGUCCUUGCUCCCGUACGGCCGUCCCCUCCCUUCUCCUCCCUCUCUUUUCAACUCUCCUCCUCCCCCUCCUUUCCUUGACCUUCACCCUCCCCUUUUCCUUGGCUUCCCCGUCUUUUCCCCUCCCCCAUCCCUUGACCUUCACGCCCCCUUUUCCUCCCUUCGUUCUCCUCUCUUCUCUUUCCCUUCUCCCAAUCUCUUCCCUUCCAGUUCUUUCCCCUUCCCUUCCUCUUCUCCCCUCCCCCUCCUUCCUCUCUCCCCUUUCCUCCCUUCUCUGUCCUCCUCCUUCUCCCCUUCCUUCCUCCCCUCUUCUGCACCCUCUACUUUUCUCCUCUAACCCACCUCUUCUUCUCCCCUUGCCUCCUUCCCUCCAGCCCCUCGCGUCCCGCCCUGACUCCCCCUGUCCGUUAGCGGUUCUCUCCCACUCCUGCUUUCUCGCCUCUCUGACAUUCAGCUCUUCGCAGCUUCUCCCCUUUCCCCUCCUGGCUCCAACCUCGCAGUCCACAAAGAUCCUUCCACACCUCAGCUUUAUGGGAGAGGUCGUGGGGGCAUUGCUCGCCCUUCCUUACAGAUGAGUAAACUGAGGUUUAGAGAGAGGACCCAGGAUUGGUCCAGUCAGCCUGCCCCCUCCCAGGCCCUGGAGGUUUACAGUGAAUACGGAGGCCCACUGAGAAGGGGGAGCAGAGCUGGGUAGAGCCAGUGCCCUGGGCUUCUGACCAGCUGGAGCAGGGAGAGGGAGAAGGAUUUGUGUAGAUGGAAGGCCUUGGAUCUGUGGUUGGCCGGCUGUCGGGACUUCCUUGGCACCCUCGCAGUGCCUUGACCCGGCUUCUAGCCUGGAUGCUGAGCCUCAGUCUGAGGGCUCCCCUCCUCCCCUCCUGCGGACCUGGGAGGGCUUGGGAGCUGUCCUAGUGCUGAAAUGAGCUCCUCGAAGUCUCCGAAUUGGAAGGAGCUUCAGAACACACCUAGUUCUAAGCAGGCAACAUUGGCCUCCUUCCAGGCCUGUGGUCACCCAGGCCCUACUUGCAGACUUCAAGCGUUGUAGAACUCGAAGCUUCCCCUCAGCAACCUGGCCUGCUUCGGAACCAGCUCAGGGAGGCUCCUCACAUAGUCAGCUGCCACAUCCUCAGUGAAUUACUCCCCCUGACCUUGGACCCCCAGAGCAGUUUGCAUGUGACCUCCUCCCUCCCUUUACCCUGUGACAUUCUUGAAGGCAGGGUCUGUUUUUGCACGUUCCCAGCCCCUAGCACCGGCCUACUAGGAGGUGCUCCAUAAAUAGAAAUAGAAGUCAGCAGCUAUUUAUUAAGUGCCUACUGUGCGCUAGGCACUGCGCUCUUUGCAGCCCAGAAUCCCCAGGACUCUGACAGGAAUGGAUGACACAGAAUCCUGGCCUGAUUGACUCUGGGUAGCACCAAAGCCUGGGUCAGCCGAGGUGGAGCACUUGGGCCAGUCAUCUGAGACUCGGAGCUCCACAAAGGUAGGGACUAAUGCCCUUAGCCUCAGAGCCCCGCCCCAGCCUUUCUGCCCUCCAGAUGGGCUGGGUGUCUGCCACUGGCCUCUCCCUGACUGUGGCUCUAGGGCAAAAUGUAGAAGGGGGAUGCUGCAGUGAGGUUCUAGGGCUUCACUUUGUUUUCUGAGAGCUUUCAGCCAACUGGUUCUGAACCUGCCCCGCCCCACGCCCUUCUCCCUCCUCCCCCCCCCCCCCCCCCCCCCAGCCUAGACCUCAGGGAGAGGAGUGCCAGAGACCAGGGGACUGCAGGAGAGGACUGGAGAAAGAAGAGGAGGGGGAGGGGCAAGCAGGGAGCCUAGCUGGAGGAAGAGAGGAGGUGCUUUCCUCUGUGCUCACACAUACACAUACCCGGGAGCCUGGCAGGGAAAGGCGGGCUCUGGGGUGUCUGGGGAGGGGCGGAGGUUGGGCCUCCGUGCCAGGCGCUCCCGGCGGCACCACCCGCCAGUGCAGCGGGGGCGGGGUCAGCGGGCGGGCGGGGCCGGGCUCGGGCUCAGCAUUCCCUCCGCGCCGCUGCAAGCGGAGCAGCUGCCCCCCGCCCGGGGCCCAGCUCCCUUAUCAUGAACGGGCCCCUGGAGGUGACGGCACGGACACGAUGCCCCAAGGAGAGGCAGAAGGCGGCAUAGACGGCAGCGGAGGCGGCGAUGGGGGAGAGGUGCCCACGCUCAUACCAGACGGGGAACCGGUGAGGGAAGAGCAGCGGCCCCUGAAGCAGUCCUUGGGAGGCUCCCUUUGUCGGGAAUCCCACUGGAAGUGCCUCCUGUUAACCCUCCUCAUCCACUCAUGUGGGGCUGUGGUGGCCUGGUGCUGGCUGGCCACCGUACCCCGCCUGGCCAUAGGCAGCGGCCUUUCCCACGGGACCCCGGCCACCUACCAGGCCAGCCCUUGCUCCGAUGGCUACCUGUACAUCCCACUGGCCUUCGUCUCCCUCCUCUACCUCCUCUACCUGGCUGAGUGCUGGCACUGCCACAUGAGGGCCUCCCGGGCACCACGCACAGAUGUGGUCACAGUGCUGGCCUUGAUCCGCCGCCUUCAGCAGGCCCCACCCUGUGUCUGGUGGAAGGCCACCAGCUACCAUUAUGUCCGGCGAACCCGGCAGAUCACGCGCUACCGCAAUGGGGACGCCUACACCACCACGCAGGUCUACCACGAGCGGGCCGAUAGCCGGACAGCACGGGGCGAGUUCGACUACUCUGCUCACGGGGUCCGAGAUGUCUCCAAGGAGCUGGUGGGGUUGUCCGACCACCCCGCCACCCGCCUGCGCUUUACCAAGUGCUUCAGCUUUGGGAGUGCAGAGGCUGAGGCGGCGUACCUCACCCAGAGGGCUCGCUUCUUUGGCGCCAACGAGGGCCUCGACGACUACCUGGAGGCCCGAGAGGGGAUGCAUCUGAAGGACGUGGACUUCCGAGAGUCGCUGAUGGUGUUUGCAGACCCCCGCAGCCCCCCCUGGUACGCCCGGGCCUGGGUCUUCUGGCUCGUGUCAGUGGCCACGCUGUCGUGGCCCCUCCGCGUGGUGGCCGCCUAUGGCACAGCCCACGUCCACUACCAGGUGGAGAAGCUCUUUGGGGCCAGCUCGCCGCCCCCCGGAGGUCAUGCCCCCGGCGGCCCGUCCCUCUCCAGAGUGGCCACGGUGGACUUCACAGAACUGGAGUGGCACAUUUGCUCCAAUCGGCAGCUGGUGCCCAGCUACUCGGAGGCCAUGUUGAUGGGCCCUGGCCCCACAGCCUACCUCAGAGGCUGCCAGCGCUGCCGCCGCUCUGUCAGCAGCAACUCGCUGCCCCCUUCCCGGGCCAACGGGCCUCGCCUGCCUUUCAGCCGGAGCCGGCUCUCCCUGGGAGGGGGGAGCCGGCCCACCACUGGGGUCUUCCGGAGCCUGAGCGGGGGGCCCCUGGGGCGUCGGGGGGAAGACACGGAGCCCCUGGAGAGCCCCCCCUGCUACCAGGAUGCGCUUUACUUCCCCGUUCUCAUUGUUCACGGAGACGGAGGCUGUCGGGGAGAUGGGCAAGGUGCCAUCUGAGUGCCCUGAGCAGAAGAUGGGCACUUGGCACGAGGCUAGGCACGAGACCCACGCCCAGAGCCCAGAUGAGGGACGGAUUCUGGGGAAGCCACACCGUCACCCGCGCCAGGCUGCAAAGAGGGACCGAUGCCCGGUGGCCGAUGGUUUGGUGACUCUGGGUGGGCACUCUGAGCUGGGACGGCCGGAGAGGGCUUCCUCGUGUCCACCUCUGCUUCCCCUCCCCUGUGGCUAUCAUUCCCCUAAAGCCAAGGGGCUUUCUGAGUCCUGGCUACCGUCUCCUGGUGCCUGGACAGCAGCAGGGCCUGAGGCUGCCCGGGGUGGGGUGGGGUGGGGGGUCCCAGGGAAAUGUUUACUCGUGUUGGCACCCAUGGCUCCCUUACCCCCAGGGAAAAUAGCCCCUUUUAGCUGGACCUAGAAAUUGCUCCAGAAAAAUUCAAGCCAGAGCAAAGGGGAACCCCCCGAAAUGGGAACCAGCCCCCCCGCUUCCCUUCCCCCCAGCUCCUAUCCUUAGAGAAGCACAAAAGGGGAGGGAUGGGGGAAGGGGGUGAUGAGAGGCCCUCCCGACCCAGUCUGUGGCUCUUUCCCUUAAUUCCUGGGAGGUGGAUGCAGGUGCCUGGGAGCCUGUACCGGAGCAGGAGACCUGCAGACAUUGCCUCCACCAGGACCACAUCCGCUCCCAUCAUCUCUAGGCUGGCAGGCUUGCUAGCCCAGGCCAGGAGGCUCAGAGCCCCAACGGGGUGGGGCAACCCAGGGUGGCUGCUUCGGUGCCCUCAUAAACAGGGGGAGCAGGACAAAAUGGCUGGAAGGGGGCCACACGCCUACCUCUCUCCAUCCUUUGCACCUACUAUCCAAGCACUCAGUCUUCCCCACGGGGGCCCCUUCUCGACUCCUUCCUCAAUGCCCCCCUCCCCUUCCCAUGAGUACCUCGAAGGCCAGCUCUGCUUGUCCCCCUCCUCCUGUCCCUCUCUACCUGCUUCCUUCUUGUUCCCUCAGGCGGGACACAUUUCUUCCUCUUUGCUCCUCUGUCAGAAUGCUCCUCCUCUUAACUGUCUUCUCUCCCCUGAGGGAGCUGUCUAUGGGUUGGGGGGACUGGGGCAGCAUGUGGGCCACCCAAGGCUCUGAAAGCCCCCCCUCACUUAAUGUCACAACCCCAGCUUUGUCCAGGUGGCCUCUGCCACCUCUGGAGAGCUUUCCGUCCCCUGGGAUGAGUCCUUUCCCUGUCCAAGGGCUGCUGGGAUGCCACGUGCUCCUGGGAGGACCCACUAAGCUCUAGCACCCUUCUGGGGAGGCCUGGGUUGGGGGCCGCAAAGAAGACAAGAAAUAAACGGUAUGAAACAGCCGCA